AUGUAUAAUGGGUCAGAAGUGAAGCCUAUUGGAAAGACAAGGCUCCAAGUUAUCAAUCCUAAGAAUAACAAGAAGUACAGCAUAGAGUUUAUGGUUGUGGAAGAGAAUUGCAAGUCCAUACUUGGGGCUAAAGCCAGUCAGCUCAUGAACUUACUUGUUGUUAACAAAGAGAACAUUUUUACAACUACGCCGAGCGUCAAAGAUGCACCCAAGUUUAUCACCAAAAAGUAUCUCAUUAAGGAGUAUCCAGAACUGUUCCAAGGUCAAGGAACUUUACCAGGGGAACUGCAUCUAGAGAUUGAUGAAACUAUUUCCCCAGUCCAGCUCCCAACACGAAGGAUUCCACUGGCUGUAAAAGACAAACUCAAAGCAGAGCUUGACCGACUAGUUGACACGAAUGUCAUAGCUCCAGUGGAUACGCCGACGACCUGGAUAUCGGCUAUUGUUGUUACAGUCAAGAAGAAUGGGGACAUCCGUUUGUGUAUUGACCCCAAACCAUUAAAUAAAGCCCUCAAGCGUAACCAUUACCCUUCACCCACCAUUGAUGAGAUCCUACCGGAUUUGGCCCACGCUCGCUGUUUCUCAGUCCUUGAUGCCAAGAACGGGUUUUGGCAUAUCCAGCUGGAUGAGGCCAGUUCAUAUGCAACAACCUUUGGCACUCCAUGGGGUCGGUAUCGGUGGUUGCGAAUGCCCUUCGGCAUAUCACCCGCACCUGAAGAGUUUCAACGACGUGUGAACGAUAUCUUGUUGGGUCUACCUGGAGUCAAAGUCAUCGCAGAUGACCUUCUUGUUUAUGGCAGUGGUGCAACAGAUGAAGAGGCAUAUCUCGACCAUGACAAGAACCUCAGGGGUUUGAUGGAACGGUGUAGAGAGAAGGGUCUCAAGCUGAACCCUGACAAGAUUCAACUUCGACUCGAAGAGGUUAGCUACAUGGGCCAUCGUCUGACAUCGAAUGGACUGAAGAUCGACCCCGAGAAGACGAAGGCCAUCAGAGACAUGCCUGCCCCCACAGACAAGUUGGGAGUACAGAGAUUGCUUGGCAUGGUGAACUAUGUGCAAAAGUUCGCCCCUAAGUUAGCUGAGAUCACUACACCUCUACGUGAUCUGAUCAAGCACGGACAUGAAUUCCGGUGGGAGAAGCAUGUGCAUGGGAAAGCGUUGGAGGAAAUCCGACAGAUGCUCUCAGAACCACCAGUGCUACGGUUCUUCGACCCUGAUGUAAUGCCAGUCCUGCAGUGUGAUGCAUCCAUGAAUGGUCUUGGGGCCUGCCUGUUACAGAACAACCAACCAGUGGCAUAUGCGUCAAGGUCGUUAACACCAACCGAAGUACAGUACGCUCAGAUAGAGAAGGAGAUGCUGGCCAUCGUGUAUGGGAUGGAGAGAUUUGAAAGUUAUCUGUAUGGUCGACACGUAAAAGUAGAAUCAGAUCAUAAACCACUUGAGUCAAUCCUAAAAAAAAGCCUACUAAGUGCACCAAAGCGCCUACAACGUAUGAUGCUACGACUCCAGAAGUUUGAGCUCGAAGUCGUGUACAAGGGACCACUUAUGUUUAUGGCAGAUACGCUAAGUCGAGCAACUUCCCACCAGCCAAAUGUCGAAGGACCAGGAGAGACCGAGGAAGUGAUGAUCAUGCAGGACACAAGAUCAAUAACGGAAAGAGAAGUAGAGCAAAUUGACAUGCUGCAGAAUCUAGCAGUAAGAGAAACUACUCUAGCCCAAAUUAAAGAGCACACAGCGGCAGACAGCAACCUGCAGGCACUGGUGAGAAUUGUGAAAGAAGGGUGGCCAAACACAGAGAAUGAGGUGUCUCCAGCAUUACGAGUGUAUUACCCGUUUCGCGACGAGUUGACCGUACAAAAUGGAGUUAUCUUUAAAGGCGAGAGAUUGAUUGUGCCAGAAGGAUUGAGAGCUGAAAUGCAAGAGAAACUUCACUACAACCAUGGUGGGGUACAGGCUACACUCAGAAGAGCCAGGGAAGUAUUCUAUUGGCCAGGAAUGAACAAAAACAUUGAGGAUCUCAUCGCAAAGUGCAAUAUUUGUGCGCAGUACCGAACAAUAAACCAGAAAGAACCUCUUAUGAGUUCUCCAGUCCCAACGCGUCCAUGGAAACAAAGAUUAUCUUGUUACAGUAGAUUACUACUCUAA